CCUUUCAGAUUGCAAACAACAAAGCAUAUAACAGGAGAAGCCUCCUCCGUCUCCCCUCUCUCUCUCUCUCUCUAUCACGAAGAUCUACGGAGCUGGUGAUCCGCAUUCGGUCACGGCCAUUUGCCGAUCCUUCUGCGAGCUUCCGGCGAUGGCGAUGGUUCUGCUCGUGAUUUCCGAGUCUUAAAGCUGGAAGCACAUUUCAACUGCGAGCUGCACACUAGGAGAAUAUUGUUUCGAUCUUGGAAUUAGAUCUUUUCUGGGGCCAUUAAAGAAUCAUCUUUUUUAUCAGCACUCUGAUCUGCUAAUUAGAGGGCCUAAAACAAGUUGACCAUGGGGACAUCGCACCGCAGUGGUGCUUUUAGAAAGACAAAUGAUGGCGCCAGGCUUAUCAUCACAGCUGUUAUGGGAAUUGUCUUUGGAUUCUUUGUUGGCGUUUCAUUUCCUUUUGUUUCUUUGUCAAAGAUUAACUUAACUACCAGCAUCAUGUCAUCUCUUGAUCUAAUUAGUGAAGAUGGUAGACCAUUCAGAAGCAAAACCUCUGAAAAUCUAAAACCAGGCGAAAUCCCUAAGAUACAUGUCCCGACAAAUCCCCGUGGUGCAGAGUCAUUACCCCCUGAUAUUGUUGUUGCAGAAACGGAUCUCUAUCUGCGGAGAUUAUGGGGAGAGCCCAGUGAGGAUUUGAAGAAAAAACCAAAAUAUUUGGUCACGUUCACUGUUGGUUUUGAUCAGAGAAAUAACAUUAAUGCGGCAGUUAAAAAGUUCUCAGAUGAUUUCGCUAUCAUGCUUUUUCACUACGAUGGCCGGGCAAGUGAAUGGGACCAAUUUGAAUGGUCAAAGAACGCAAUCCACAUCAGUGUCAAGAGGCAAACUAAAUGGUGGUAUGCAAAAAGGUUUCUGCAUCCUGAUGUUGUAGCAGCUUAUGAGUACAUAUUUAUUUGGGACGAGGAUCUUGGAGUUGAACACUUCAAUGCGGAGAAAUACAUUCAGCUGGUGAAGAAACAUGGUCUGGAGAUAUCUCAGCCGGGUCUUGAGCCCAAUAAUGGUUUGACAUGGCAGAUGACAAAGAGAAGAGGCGAUAAAGAAGUUCACAAGGACACAGAGGAGAAACCAGGCUGGUGCAGUGACCCACAUUUGCCUCCAUGUGCCGCGUUUGUGGAAAUCAUGGCCCCCGUCUUUUCUCGACAAGCAUGGCGUUGUGUAUGGCAUAUGAUUCAGAAUGAUUUGGUUCAUGGAUGGGGGUUGGACUUCGCUCUCAGACGAUGUGUAGAGCCUGCACAUGAAAAAAUUGGUGUGGUUGAUUCACAAUGGAUUGUUCAUCAAGUAAUUCCUUCUUUGGGGAGUCAGGGUGAGUCAGCGAAUGGGAAAGCUCCGUGGGAAGGGGUAAGAACGAGAUGCCGACACGAGUGGUCGAUGUUCCAAAACCGUCUUACUAAUGCGGAUAAUGCCUAUUUAGCUCAGAUUGGGAAGGGGUAAUGGUGACGAGUUCCCUGCUUCAGCCCAGUGGGAUUUUCUGUACAUGACGACAUUCUACUGUCAAGAGCCCUAACAGUUUCACACGAGGCAGCCCCUUUUCUAUCUUUAGGAGGCUUGUUUUAUCUGAGGUAGCAGUGUCUAUUUUUGUAUAGGCAUUCUCGCGAGUUAUGAGAGGGCAGAUGAAUGCUCCCAUUCUGUUGGUGUAAUAGCUCGAAGUUCCUCUGCCUUAAGUCCUGUGUUUCCAUCUCGGUUUUGUCUAAUGUUAGUGGGCCAACCGAUCAGUUGAGCGGCUUCAUAUUUUCGUUUGUUGAGUUGUAGCUUUUGUUCUCCUCUUGCCUUUGGACUAUCAUGGCUUGUUCACAUUCUCAGUAUGGACCGAUACUAUGUGAAGAUAUUUCUCAAAGUUAGUAUACCAGCUUGUUCAGUGAGUC